AUGACGCGAAAUCAGCCUGAUCGGAGGCAGAUCAUGCAACCAGAGCAGCAGCAGAUGCAGCAGCAGCAGAUGGCACGGCAGUUUGUACCACAGCCAAUCUAUACAACACAACCGCAAAAGCUACAGCCACAGCUACAGGCUAAGCCAGUGUUCAUGGAGAUACAGCCGCUGCUACAGACACAUCUACUGCAACGUGAGACUGCUGCUGGUGCAAGACCAUCGGCUUCUGGAGCCAAGCGCACGACACUGACGCGCAACCGAAACUACAACCAGGAAGGGAAGUAUCGGGGAGUGAGGAAGCGAGGGGAGUUGAAGUACGUUGCAGAGAUUAAAGACACCACUAUUGGGGUCCGCAGGUGGUUGGGCACGUUUACCAGUGCAGAGGAGGCUGCUCGGGCGUUUGAUGAAGCUGCUUUCGACCUCCGAGGAUCAAAUGCAAAGCUUAACUUUCCGAGAGAUCAUAUCACGGAAAGGGGAGGAGUACUGAGUUCUUAUCCUCCAGAGCUAGGAGCAGCUACGACGCAAACGGCAGGAAGGGAGGCAGGUAAUAUUGCUGAGAGUAAUGGCAUGGGAGUUCCAAGGAAUAUGGAGUCUUUACCAGCACAGGUGGAGAAGGGGGGGUCUACGAGCUCUGGUGCUCUAUCGUUUGGAGAGGGAACAAGUAGAACGGUGGGUGUGGUGGCAGCAGAAGCAGGCGGAGGGUCAGCGGCUGUACUAGGGUCAGCGUUACCAGUUGAAUAUGCAGACGAGGGAGAAGGAGGAGGAGGAGGAAAAGGGGGAGUGGGAGGAGGAGGAGGAGGAGGAGGAGGAGGAGGAGGAGGAGGAGGAGGAGGAGGAGGAGGAGGAGGGAGUGGGGUGGGAGGGGCGUGCAUAGCAGCAGAAGCGUCAGCAGUCAGUGAUCGGAAUGGAGCUUAUUCUCCUGAUUGCAGCUCCACUGUCAGCAGCAGCAGCUCCGACAGAACCGCCCCUUUUGCCUCUGCCCCUUCUCCCUCUGUCCCUUUCUCCUCUGCUUCUUUCUCCUCUGCCCCUUCUGCCUCUGUCGCUUUCCCACACUCCACCCUUCCUGCCACCUCUGCUCCUUCCACCUGCACCGAUGGGCUACACUCCACCCUUCCUCCGUCCACCCCUUCCAUCCCUGCCUCUUUCCCAUACUCCAGUCUUCCUGUUACCUCUACUCCUUCCACCUCCAGCAAUGUGCUACACUCCAGCCUUCCUCCUUCCACUGCCCCUUCCAUCUCUACUUCUUUCCUACACCCCACCUUUCCUGCUGCCUCUGCCCCUUCCACCUCCUCCGAUGUCCUACACUCCACCCUUCCUCCUUACACUGCCCCUUCCAUCUCUACCUCUUUCCUACAAUCCACCAUUUCUGCUGCCUCUGCUCCUUCCACCUCCACCGAUGUGCUACACUCCACCCUUCCAGCCACCUGGGAGUACAACGUCGCAGUAUCUGGGAAAGUGAUGAUGCAUGGAGGGGAUGCAUCCCAACAAGAAGCAGAGGAGAUGGUGGAGGUACCCAACAUGAUGGCAGGCCCAGCUGCAAACAUGCUCACAAGCUGGCAUGCUGAGAUGAUGCAGCAUGCACCUGCCAUGGUGGCCCCGUUUGAGUCGCUCUGGAGGCGUGACCAUGGCAUGCAGUAUGGGUUUACCAUGUCCCGCAUCUCUUCUAUAUGUGUCAGACCGCCGCGUCAGCGUCAUCAGACACAAAGGCUGCAGCAGCGGCAGCGACGGCGGCAGCAGCAGCAGCAGCAACAGGGGCCGCAGCAGGGUCAGCAGCAGAAGCAGCAGCAGCAGCAGCAGCAGCAGCAGCGCCAUGCGUCAAGCUUCUGGCAACAAAAUUCUCUGGAUUUGACAUCUGACAGGAGGGGUAAGGCAGCUGCAUGUAACCCUUCUUCAGACCUCACAGGUGCACCUUUCCCCAUGGAUUAUUGGAGAGAGAAGCAGACUACGUCUGUCGGAAACACUGGUGGUGUGGGUGAUUUGAGUGCUGCAAGUAAUGCUGGUGCUGCUUGUGGUAUGGGUGCUGUGGGUACUAAGGGUAGUGCUGGUCGCGUGGUUAGCAGUGCGGCGGUUUUUGGUGCCAGUGUUGCUGGUGCUGCAGGUAAGGCUGGUGUUAUCGGUGCUGCUGGUGUUGAUGGUGCUGACCAUCAGGAUCAUCAGCAGCAGCAGCAGCAGCAGCAGCAGCAGCAGCAGCAGCAAUCACAUACCAUGCAGCACCAUCAUUUGCAAUCUUUCCCCCCCAAAACACCUGCUUCUAUGGCCCCCACUCUCACAGCUCCUAAUAGCAUUCCUGCUGACAUUUCUGGAGGCUCUUGUGCUGCUGCUGGCGCUGCUGCGGACUCUGCUGCACCCAUUGCUACUUGCGCUGCUGCAGGAGUUCUGAUCCUUCCUCCUCCUACCUCUCCACCUACCAUCUUUGAUUGUACGGCCAGCUUGCAUGGGUUCCAGAGCAAAGAGCAGGGCUAUAUGGCAGCCUUGAAGCAAGCUGUCUAUGGGAAAACUAUCUGCACGGAGUUUGGAGGUGCGGACAGCAGUGGCGGAGCAGUUUUCAUGCAUGACUGUGCAGCAGCAGGCUUCGAAGCGCAAUACACUGCUGUUGCUGCAGAGCAUAGCAGUGUGGAGCAGACUGGUGUGGUCCAGCCUAGUGCGAAUCAGCCUAGUGCGGAUCAGUUUGGUGCGGAUCAGCCUCCUUUUGGCGAACUGUGUUCUGCCCAUAUCAUGGCAGAUUCGGACCGUCCUCUUCCUCAAUCCUCUGUGGAUCUGCUGCUUCUUGAAGAGGGGCAGCACGCUGCGUUUGCUGCCAUGGACGUCACUACACCGUUUUCUCACAUUGAAAAGACAGCUCGUUGCGGCUUUGAGGACUCUGCUUGCUCUGUGCCUUUUAUAGGAGCAACAGAUGUAGGUUUGGAUCUUGGAGGAGAGGCUAUGGAUGUGGGAGGGUUGGGGUAUGCAGAAGCUUUCCAGCAUUUGUGUGUGAGUGCCACUGAUGCUGGAAUGUGCACUAUUGAUCCGCUAGAACUGUUCUUGAUGGAUAAUGGAGAAUAA